GGUGGUGGUGAUGCUGACUACAGGAAUGGUGUCAGGGGACUCUACCUCAUGAAUAUACAACUGCUGGCAAGUGCAGCAUGUCAGCUGCCCAGUGCUUAACCUUGGGUUAAAUGGAUGGGUUACCUCUUGAGUUGAUGUAACUGAGCAAAAACUAUUGCUACUCUAUUUUGGUUGAGACAGUCAAAACUGAAAACUAGGUUGUUUUUUUUCUAUCAGUGUUAUCAUGGACAUGAAUACUUUGACUGAAUUGGGAAGUUUAUGCUCAUAUGAUGCUAGUUAGUGAUGUAAAAAUAUGUAAGCAUUAUAUGAUAGGCAUUGAGUGCAUCAUUCCUGUGAAAUGCAGGAAUGCCAUCCUUAUUCUUCAUGCUCACAGUACCAGUCCAUACAUUAUCUUUAAAGAGAUUCUGUGUUUUCAUAUCUAUUAAAUUAAUUUUGUAACAAAUAGUUCAGUAGAGCUGAAGAAAUGAAAUGAGCAACAGAUGGUCAUUUUUUGCAGUGCUUUAUCUCUGUGAAUAACCAUUAUUGUUAUCACUAAUCUAGUCAGUACUUACAGUAAAUGCUAAAGAUGAUACAGCAAUGACUGAUACAGUUGAUUAAUGGAACAUAAUUGAGAUAUUACAACUGCCAAGAAACAGUGAAUUGCUUGGUAAUCUGUUCUUGCCUGGGUAGCAAGUGUUUUGAUACCUCCAAGAGAAAAGCCAUAAAUUUAGGUAUAAUGAAUACUGAGAGGUUGGGUACAGGGCCCAGGAAAGUAGCAUCAUGAUGUUCUGUCAGGGCUGUCCUCUAGGAGAGGAUCUGGAAGUCCUGUGGGAGAAUGGCAUUGUGUUUUUCUCUGUUAGUAAAAGCCAAAAUGCAAACUAUCUUACUUUAUCCAAGAAGAAUAUUGUCUCAAGCACAUGAAGCACAGAUGUCAACAGUACAUUGAUGUUGGAAACAUCACUCAGAUCAGACCAGUGUGGUGGGAUGACAUUUUGAGGGAAUACCUCAUUGAAUUAAACCCUGCAGCUGGCCCACUCUUGGACUCUGCUCCCUACCUUACUUCUGGGCAUCCCACUUAGAAGCACCCUGGCCAGGACUGCUGUGCACUGCCUCUUUAAGGUCCUCUCCACGGCUGGAGCACCAGGCGCAGGCAGCAAUCCUCUGCUCGGCAGGGCUUGCAGUCGCUCACUGCUCUUUACUUAAUAACAUUUGGCUGCAUAUGAGACGUCUGACGGCAAGCUGAAGGCUUCCUUCUCGUGUGGCAGAGUUUCACCUGCCCCCAUGGCAGCAGCGACAGGCUCUGCUGCAGUGAAAACUGCCAAGUCCUGCAAGAAGUAUCGCACAGUGAAGCGGCACGCCAGCAUCUACACCUACCAGGAGCCACCCCACAGCAACUCAGAUGAAGAUAUCAGUGAAGAAAAGGCUGAGAGCCAUGAUCCAGAGCAGGUCUUCCAGAAUAUCCAAUACCAGAAGGAGAUUAUGUCCAAUAUCCGCUGCCGGCCGUGGCCAAUGAGGCAGAAGCUGAGAGCACUCAGACAGGCGAAGGAGAUUGUGCUGAAGUAUGAAGGGAGGCUCACUAGAACAAGAGGUUACCAAGCUGCUGGGGCAGAGCUUUGGAGAAAGUUUAUUCGACUUGCAUAUAAUUUUGUGGUCAUUUUUAUUCCUUGGGAAAUGAGAAUAAAGAAAAUAGAAAGUCAUUUUGGGUCUGGAGUAGCCUCUUACUUCAUCUUCCUGAGAUGGCUGUUUGGAAUCAAUAUUGUACUUACUAUAAUGACAGGAGCAUUUGUAGUCUUACCAGAGCUACUGGCCGGGGCAGCGUUUGGCACCACAGACAGAAAGACCAUUCCUGAGGAGCGUGUUAAAUCUGCUCAAGACCUGGACACCAUCUGGUCACUAGGGGGCUACCUCCAGUACUCUGUUUUGUUUUAUGGCUACUACGGUCAUGACAGGAAGAUUGGGAAAGCUGGGUAUCGGCUGCCUCUUGCCUACUUCCUUGUUGGAAUGGCAGUGUUUGCUUACAGCUUCAUCAUUCUCUUAAAAAAAAUGGCAAAAAACUCAAGAAUGAGUUUAGCAAGUGCCUCUGAUGAAAAUUACACUUUUUGUUGGAGACUGUUCUGUGCCUGGGACUAUUUAAUAGGAAACCCCGAGGCUGCAGAGAGCAAAGCUGCUGCCAUAGUUAAUAGCAUUAGGGAAGCUAUACUGGAAGAGCAGGAAAAGAAGAAAAGCAAAAACUUGGCAGUGACUAUAAGCUUAAGAAUUAUUGCAAACAUCCUUGUGCUUCUCUCGCUUGCUGGAAGUAUUUACAUUAUAUACUUUGUUGUGGAUCGAUCCCAAAAGUUAGAGCGCACCAAAAAGGAAUUGACUCUUUGGGAAAAAAAUGAGGUAAGCGUAGUUGUGUCACUGAUUACAAUGAUUGCACCCUCUGCUUUUGAGCUUGUGGCAGCUCUGGAGAUGUACCACCCAAGGACCACUCUUCGCUUCCAGCUUGCCAGGGUUCUUGUUCUAUACCUGGGAAACCUUUACAGUUUAAUCAUAGCUCUCCUGGAUAAAGUGGACAGUAUGAGUGUCACUGACUCUGAUGUUAACCACAAUGCAAGCAAUUUUGCCACCUUCUCAACAACUAGAACUCCUUCUAAAGAAGACAAUUUAUCUACAACUAUUCCCAACGUACACUUUAAGGGAAAUGGCAUUGCCACACUGGAAGAGAGUCGCACUCAAGGCAUUACAAUCUCUGACUCACUGGUUAACAGAACAGUUUCCUUAAACUCUAACACCCAGAAUCCGCAGGAUCAGUGCUGGGAGACAUAUGUUGGCCAAGAGAUGCUAAAGCUUUCAAUUAUCGACAUGAUUUUCACAGUCGCAAGCAUCCUGCUAAUUGAUUUUUUCCGUGGACUAUGUGUCCGAUAUUUAAGUGAUUGCUGGUGCUGGGAUCUAGAAAGCAAGUUUCCAGAAUAUGGAGAAUUCAAAAUUGCAGAGAAUGUACUGCAUUUAGUCUACAACCAAGGAAUGAUCUGGAUGGGAGCUUUCUUUUCACCUUGCUUACCAGCAUUCAAUGUUCUCAAGUUGAUUGGACUCAUGUACCUGAGGAGCUGGGCUGUGUUAACGUGUAAUGUACCACAUCAGCAGGUUUUCAGAGCAUCUCGAUCAAAUAAUUUCUACUUGGCCAUGUUGCUGUUCAUGUUGUUCUUAUGCAUGUUACCAACAAUUUUUGCUAUUGCCCGAUAUAAGCCAUCUUUAAGCUGUGGUCCCUUUAGUGGACAAGAAAAAAUAUAUGAUAUUGUUUCUGAAACAAUUAAAAGUGAUUUUCCCACAUGGUUUAACACGGUGAUUACUUACAUCAGCAGUCCUGUGGUUGUUCUCCCUGCACUAUUACUAUUAUUCAUGCUGAUCUAUUACCUACAAAGCAUUGCAAGAUCAUUAAAAUACACCAACAAUCAACUGAGAAUGAAGAUCCAAACAGAAAGAACUGAAGAUAAGAAAAAGGUGGUUCAGAUGGCAGUAGCCAGAAUCCAAAAUCUGGAUGGGAAUGACAAGAGACCAGAGAAAGAAACUGAUAUUACCCAGGAGUCUUCUGCUCGGUCCUCAACUCCCCGAAAGAAUGGCAGUGUCCUGAACUUUGAAUCUCCCGUGACCAAAGGCACCAGAAUACAAACCAUUUCCCAGUCUGUGCCCCAAACUGUGCCCUCAACUGAUGUCGCAAGACCCAUCAAUGCAACUCCCACAGCUUCAACGUCUUUAACACCAGCUUGCUCAGCAUCAAGUAUACAGAAGCCAAGAAAUGACCUUAUCACAAACAGGUACCCAAGCAUUGUGCAUAGGAGUGUAAGUGAUCUCUCUAAAACAAAGCCCUACACACCAGUGAAUUUCAAAAAGCACACUGAAGAUGUUCAUUCUGAGCCUCUCUUCAGAAAAGGGAUCCGGCAGGUAAAUCCGGAUGCCCCUGGGGCAGGAGCUCCUGUUUUUGUGGAAUGUAGACCAUAUGCUACCAGGUAUUUUCUUGUUAAUGAAAAUGAGACCCGGAAAAAAUCGCUGCGUUCUACCUCCCGACUCCAAAGGCACUUCAGGAAGGGGGAACCAGAAGGUAUUAUUGAGUUGUACCCACAAAACAUCAGGAGAUAUGUGGUUCGAACACCACACCAGAUGUAUUCCCCUCAUCCCAGCGAAGAUGAGGAGGAUGAAGAGGAACUUGGUAGAGAAUUCAUGAACAGAUCUCAUCGCCCGCGCUCACUGUCUGAUCUUCGCCCAGCACCACGGUUUUACAUUGGGGAACAUGGUGAUGGCCACAUUCUUAUGAGCAAAGAUCUAGCCAGAGUGCAUUACAAAUCCUGGGAUGAUGGUUUUGAGCUAGACCUGGAUAGGCCUCCAUAUGCUUAUAAGAAAGUGCACCUGAACUACCCUGAGCCUCGUGUGAAACCAAAAUCAAAGCAAAAGCUGGAGCAGUCUCUAACAGAGUCUGAUUCCAUCUCCAUUGAAUCCAGCAGUGAUCCGCAGAAUAGCGGCAAUGACCAGUAUAUUCAAGUCAUUCACAGCAAGGAAAAGUAUCCGAAGCCUGGGUCAAAACUCAACAAAAAGAAACCAAAAAACAGUGUUGACCUAAAUAAGUCUGAGCCUAAUGAACUAGUAUGCUCAAAUGUCUGAGACAGCACCCCAGCCUUUCUGUGUCUUGAAUGUACGUGAGCUUGUUGUAGUUGCUGUUUGAGGUCUACCAGAGUAACUAUGGCAUAAUCUUUGCAACAACAGUGUAUGUAGCCACUCAAGGUGGGAAAAGCAUAGUCAGCCUUGUGUUUUACUGUUGAUGGUAUCCUGCUUUAAUACCACAACUAGUAAGUUCCAAAAUUUGGAAAAUUACUCCAAUUUAUUAUUCAUUGCUAUGCUGUUCAAAACCAAACCCCCACCUACUGGAAAACUGAAAGCUAUGUACUUGGGGCACUUCCAAUAAAGCUGUGCAGAAACAUGUCGUAUCAGGCUCUCUUUGUCUCUUUGACACAGUCACAGCUAAAGAUGCUUCCACUGAAUAAAUUCAGCAGGUAAGUAGCUUCCUAUUUACAGUACACCCUGAUCGACCCUGCUUGAAUAUGGUGUAUCUCCAAUCAGCAAUAGGUUGACUACAGAGAAUGGUGAGUUUAAAAGUCUUGUUCAGUGUACUGCGCGGUCAUCAGAGUUAUUUGAUAGUAGCAAUACAUGCCAGACUUCUGGAUGAAAUCCUACGUCUAUUAAUUUCCUGGCAAGAUUCCCCAGUCCAGCCUCAUAAGCUUCCCUGUGGAAAACUUUCUAUCCAUGGCUUCAAAAAACUCGCUUCAUGACUCCUAAUUUACUUUUAUCCUGUUUUUUUAACACAUCAUUCCAAUUUUUAACCUUCUUUGGAUUCUGAAGAUUGUUCCGGUAUUUUGGGUUUGUUGUUUUUGUU